AUGGCCAGGAACACCGGCGAGAACAUAUCUGCCACCCCAUUUUCAUGCCAUCAGUGCCGUUAUAGGAAACUGAAAUGCGAUCGAAUACGGCCUUCCUGCGGCCGCUGUGUUCGGAUCGGAGAUGCCUGCGGUUACCCACAAGUAAGGCGAGCAAAUGUGGGAAGAAGGAAACGGGUUCACGAACUAGAAACAAAACUAGAUCAACUCGAACGCUUGGCGAGAGGCGUUGAACAACCGAAAGCUGCCCAAGAAGUCACAGAGCAACAGGGGGCUUUCGACGAUUCCAGAGACUUCAUCAUCAACACUGAAACCUUCAACAGUGAAUCAACAAGCGCAACUCCCGAGCCCAGCCAAAGUCACUCUCAAGCAGACAAUUAUUUUGCAGAACUGGUAUCAGUGGGUUUGUUCGAGCAACAACCCUCCAUAGAACUUGUCACAUUCUUGGUGAAUAGUUACUUUGAAAAAUGGCAUUAUGCUGCUCCCAUGUUUCAGCAAGAUCGGUACAUGAUGUCCUUGUACUUGCCACCUCAUAUGCGCCCGCCAAUGUGCCUUCAAUACAUCAUAAUGGCCCUAGGCGCUGAUAUUGUCAAGACACAUCGCCAAUUAGCAAUCCCCUUCUACCAGCGGGCUAGGGCUUAUAUCCAGUCCGACGAAAUGAGAGGCGAGGGCCAAUUCUUUGCCACACUUGCACAUGCCCAGGCUUGGAGCCUGAUUGCGAAUUUCGAAGCCCAGCAACUGUUUUUCGCCCAAUCGUCGAUGAGUCUCUGCCGAGCAAUUAGAACUGCUCAGAUGCUGGGCUUACAUCACAUUGAUAGAGAUAGCAUGGAAUCUCUACCUUUACUUGCGCCGCCAGCGGACUGGGUUGAGGCAGAGGAAAGGCGUAGGACUUGGUGGGUCAUUUAUUGUUCUGACCGGCUAGUUUGUGGCAGUACCGGCUGGCCAGCCAUGAUCGACGAGAGAGAUCUUCACACACGACUUCCGGCUUCAGAGAACGCAUUUGAAACGGGCUCAGAAGAGCCCACGAGUUACUUGACUAGUGUAUUACACCAAGAAGGGCAAGGAUUCUCACCGUUCGCCGGCCGAGUCCUAGCUACAUCUCUUUUCUAUCAAACUUUCCAACAUUCAACACAACUUCCUCGAAAUGGAGUUUGCAGUGACGUCGACAUAAGCUUAUACUGGAAACGCCAUCACGAGAUCGACAAUGAUCUAGUUGCGCUCCUUCAAGGUCUUCCGGGUGACCUUCAACUUCCAUGCAAGAUACGCUGUCAAAACGCAACCUUCGUCAACAUCAUCAUACAAACUUCGAUUAUUUGCCUUCACCGAGGAGUGUUGUCAAGCACACAAAGACUAGGCUUAUCAGAACAAACAAUACGCCAGAGCAGAGGGAGGCUCAUUGCUGCUGCAGAAGAACUGCUCAACAUCUUCAGAAUGAUGCCAGACGUCAACCAGGCGCUAAAGAACCCGAUGCUCACAUUUUCGGUGUACACCGCCUCUCUGGUUUUUCUUGAUCAGCCGGUAUCGGCAGAUCCGCAUUAUCAACGACAGGAUAGCCUGAACUUCAUUCUCAGAAUCAUGAUGCUUGCUGCCAAGACAUGGGAUAACCCGGUAACCGGCUCAAUGGCUGCCCAACUGGCUUCAGAUAUGCGGCAACGUGGGAUAGAUUCUCCAGCAGUAGAGAAGGCAAAGGAAAUGCCACUUCAAAGGAGCUUAGUACCUAUUUUUGCCAAGGGAGAUUCUCAAUCUUCCAACUUUUUGUUUCAGCUCACAAGUCCCAAUUCUGGAAGUACCUUGAGCUCUACUUCGGAUAAUCUAUAA